UCAAACUGGUUUAAAUAAAAUGGACAACUCAGCUGAGGCCCUUCAGAGGAAACAGCAUUUAGUCAAGGAGGAAGAGACUGCAAACAAUGACACACAGCUGCCCAAUGAGCAUGUGCAGUCUCCAGAGGAUAACCCACUUCUAAUUGAGGAUAUUCAGCCUACAGUCGUGGAUCCACAGUUUCCAGAUAGUCAGCCUCCUGAGGAAAACUCACCUUCAGAUGAGGACACCCAGACACCAAGUGCCCAGCCUCCAGAUGGUGUACAGUCUUCAAAUGAGGAUACACAGUCUCCAAAAGAAAGCAUGAGUAACAACUCUUCAGUACCCCGGAUCACAAGACACACAGGCUUGGUUAACAACUCUUCAGUAACCCGGCUCACAAGACACACAGAUGCAAAGAAGAGCAGAACAGAAUAUCCAAGUUAUUCUGCAGGGAGCACAAAAAAAAAUUCUCAAAAGAAAAGAGGAGUAUCUUAUCGAAGGCAGUGGAAAGCUAAUUAUGACUGGGUUAGAGAAAGCGCAAAAGGAAAGUCCAGAAUUUUUUGUAACAUCUGCAAUUGUGACUUGUUGAUCAAGCACGGUGGUCAGAACGAUAUCUACCGCCACAGCCUUACAAUGAAGCAUCAGCGAUUUACCAGGAAGAAGCGGGCGGCAGACCAGCUUACCCAGACUGCCUCUGCCAUCCUCCAAGCAGAGGCUGCUUUUGUCAAUAUGCUGGCAGAACAUAACAUAUCAUUUUCAGCUGGCAACAACAUCCUGAAAUUCAUCAAACAGUACUGCACAGACCUGAAAGUUAUUAAGGCUCUGAAAUGUACUUUAAUGCAGUCCUACACUGGAGAUGACAAAGUAACUACAGGUGUUGUGGUGGAACCAGAACCUCAAAAUGACGUAGCUGCUGUCUGUCGUCGUGUGCCCUUUUAUGUUUCUUUAGGCCAGAAUACCAAGGGACUAGGAGAGGAUAAACUAUUUAUAUUAGUGGGAUUUUUUGAUGAAAACUUGGGGAGAAACGUUGUUCAGUAUCUAAAUGUGUCUGACCAUGUGUCUGGUACUGGACAGGCGAUGUUUGACUUUCUGAUGGAAACAUUCAAGAAGUUUGAUAUACCGUCAGACAACAUAGUGGCUUUCUCUUCAGAUAACGGUCCACCAAUGAUAGACGUGAAUGAUUCAGUAAUUUCCAGGUUAAAGCAAAUAAACCCAAACAUCAUAAAUAUUGGCUACCUAUUUAAUCUGCCAGACCUUGCCUGUAAAUCUGGGGUUCAAGCAUUAUCAGCACCAAUCGAGGAACUGAUUUCUGAUAUUUACUAUCAUUUUUUCCAUAUUUCACAGCAGGAGCCUUUGGGUUUUGCUCUGUUUGAUGAAGAGCCUUGCAUUAUUGCUGAUGAUUUGCUGGGUUUCUGUAAAGCAAUCAAGAAAAUGUUGGAGCUUUGGCCUGAUCUCCUUUCAUUCUUUCUUUCAUACGCACCCCAAACUGCCAAGGUCCAACUAAUCUGUCAACGGCUGCAGUGCUUGGAGCUCAGGCUGCUAUUUCUGUUUCUCAAACAAGCUGUGGAGCCGCUGAAUCAGUUUAGGCAGAGGUUGGGUAAUGGGGAGAGUCAGCUCAUGACCCUACAGAGGGACCUGAGUGGAAUUGUUAGGAUCUAUGCUGGCAGACUGCUACUUCCUGGUGCUGCCAUUAACUUAUUAAAGAGUGGUGACGUCCAACUUUUGAAUAACACAGGAAAUUUCUUACCACCAAAUGAGGUGCGUGUUGGGCCAGAAGUGGAACGUUAUCUGAAAGAUCAGGGAGAUGACCUUAGUGUUUCUGCAUACAAAAGCAGAUUCUUCGAAAAAGCCAGUUUAUUCUAUGCUGCUGUGCUAGAAAAGAUGCUUAAGAAACUAGAGCUAAAUGAUAAAUUCCUCAAAGACAUGGCCACCUUACUGAAUCCUGCCAACAAGCUAAAGGUGUCCAUGGGAACGGUGAUGGAUAUAGCCUCCCAACUUGGAGUUUGCAAUGCCAGUGAUGGUUACCAACUAAAGGAUGAAUUCUCCUUGUACCAGCUUUCUGAUGCAUGUUCAGCACAGCAGUCUGAUACAAUUGGUGCAUCUGUAUUGCAAUAUUGGAGUGGUGUUUUAAAGGACUGCUGUGGAUCAGAGGAGCAGAUGCCACUCUUCAGGAGACUCAUCUUGACACUGUUAUGUGUGUUGCAUUCCAAUGUUGAACAACAAGAGCAGGCGUUCACCCUAGUGAGAAAAACAAACACCAAAACUAACCAGGCCAUCAACUUAAAAUCUCAAAAUGCAGUUCUAUCUGGUAAAAGAGGAGAUGAUAGCAAUAUCCUUGAGGAAGAGCAACAUAAACAAAUCAAUACCCUUGUAAAACAAAAUUAAACUAGUUCUGUGACAGCUAUGGAUGCAAUGAUUAUGAUUUUCCCAACCUGAAAUGAAACCAACAUUUUCAUAAAAUUUCAAAAUGAACAAUACUGAUAAAAGAGAAAACCCAACUGAACCUGAUACCGACAUUUUCAUACAAUGAAAAAGCGCUGCCAUUCGUAGCACACAGUCAGCGCCAUUUUUGGGAACCCAUUGUGCACUUUGCUGCAUGUACAAAGUUUAUGUCAACAUCCCUUAAUACUUUUAAUUUGGUAUCUUAAAUAAAAAAUUAUGACUGGACUUACCUAAUUGAUUCUGACAGCCUACAGUUGGGAUAAUUUUGGCUUCAUACAUAGUCUGGGUGUUCAGAUGUCCAGGGCUGCUUUUUUCCACGGUUGCUCGAGUGGUUAGUUGAAGAGUGCAAGUACUAACCUUUGUUAAAAAAUGCAUCAUAUGAAGUAAAAGCUGAAGCUGGAAGUUGUUGAAUCUGUCAUGCCUGUUAGUUACCAUUUGUAGACCUAAUUUAGACCUCAUAAAAGUGUAAGUAGUGAUGCUGGCCUGACUACAACAGACAAAUGAAAAAAGCAUUCAAUAAAAAUAAAAUGUUAGUUGAGGUCCCUGCAAACGAGCAAAAGGGAUGCUGUGGACAUGGGCAUCUUCAUCCGUAACCCAUUUGGUUGUAAUUUGAGGAAGACUAUAGUUACAAAAUUGUCAGGAUUGAAAGGGCGCUGUAGCUGCCUGGAGUCUUAGUGCAAAUAUCUGGAUGCUGCAUUAAAUUGCAUGUUUCUGUGAGGAGGUCUGUAUAUUUUUGUCACAAGGACAGCCGAAGUGGGUGACGACAGACCAGAAACAGGAACUGACUCUGCACACAGCUGUUGAAAUGGUGAAGGCGCU